AUGGUCGCCCCCCAUCUCAAGGAGCGCGACCUGCUACGCGCGGAGGCUUUUCCCGAGUGGCGCCCACGGCUGCUCUAUCUGGACGCCGUCAAGCUCGGCGGAUCCAAAUAUGCACGUUUAAAUUAUCAGGGCUUCUACACUGUGAUCUUGGAGAAAGGUGAAGAGAUCUUAUGUGCAGCGUCUAUCAGAGUGCAUGGCAUGAAAGCAGCUGAGCUGCCCUUCAUUGCUACUUGCAGAGAGCAUCGUCGUAAAGGAAUGUGCCGAAGACUGAUAAACACCAUUGAAGAGAUGCUGAAAUCCUUCCAUGUAAAGAUGUUGGUGCUUUCUGCAAUUCCAGAGCUGGUGAGUACAUGGGUAUCAGGGUUUGGCUUCAAACCUAUUGAAGAAUAUGAAAGGAAGCAACUUGAUACCAUAAACUUAAUGUUGUUCCCUGGUACAUCCUUGUUAAUAAAGAGCUUGGAGGAUGGCACAUUAACUGAAAAAUCAGGAGCAGGAAAUGACGCAUAUGACGUGUUGGGGUUACCAGAUGAUUAUUGCAUCCCUAAUGGGAAUGACAAUGAGCAUUUUGAAGAAGUUGGCUCAGAUUUCAUAGUCAGACAAGGAGAAGCUAGCAGCCGCUCCCAAAAAUCGAAGAAGAAUGCAAACCUGCAGAAUGGCAUCGUUCUGCCAAGGUUUUUCCCCAGUUGCACGUGUCCUUGUUUUGUUCCUCACUGUAAUUCAUUACUAGUUCAGCUCUUGGAGAAGCUGGCUGGCAAUGAGACUGGACUACUGCAGGGUUUUAAGUUGCUGCUUGACCUGUCUCUGCAACUUGAACUUUCAAAGGCUGCCGACUGCCCAUUGCCUUGCAAGAGAUCUUGUGUGUUGCUACUUGCUAGUGAGCAAAAUGGGCCAAAGUCAAAGCAGCUGGGACUGGAAGAGUGGAAGUUGUUGAAAGUUCAAUUACAGAUGUACCCAGAAAGAUUGAUAGGUGUUCAUUUACGAGCAAGAAUCAGCACCCCGGAAGCGACUGAGAUGACGUGUCAGAAUCAGGACAAUUCUGCUGGUAGAGCUGACGGAAUGACUGAGUUGAAGCAGCAGCUGACAGAUUUGUUUCCGAGUCUCCGCCGUGCUGCCACUGGUUCUGUUGCGGUGACUGGGGCACCAUGGGUUAGGGGUGCGAGGGAUACUGGAACCCGAAAUGGAGUAAUUAUGGAUAUGGACCGUGAUGAAGGAUGCCGGCUGAUUGGCCUGGGGGGAGAUGCUGCUACUGUAGACCGGAAGGAAGCCAAAGCAGUUGAUUCUGGUAAGGGAAUGGAUGAUGAUGAAAGCAAAGGGGUAGACUCUGAUACAGGAGGGUUUGAUGUUCCAGCAUUUGCGUCCCGCUUGCAUACAGGGCAGAAUGUUCUCCAGGAGGUGAGCCAUAGAUCCACACAAGCUGCAUGGAACUCUGCAAAGUGA